CCUGUGUAUGUAUUCCUGGAGAGCUAUGCAUUUCUGUUUAGGAAAAUUAGUCAGCUUAGAGUGACGUGGUGAAGACUGGACUGAUGAGUGCACCGCCUGAUCUUCAGAAAUGAUAAAAUGACUCAUGAGGAUUACUUCUCUGGCAGUAGCUCCCUGGUGCCCAGCGGCACAAUGGAGGACAGUGAGCCCCUGUUGGCUGUGAGGUCAAAGGUUAUGUUGCUAAAUGGUGUGGGCCCACACACAACAAGCCUGGAGUCAGAGAUGGUGGACAACUUCAGACGGCGGCUAAAAUACUUCUUUAUGAACCCCUGUGAGAAAUACAGAGCCAGGGGUCGCAAACCUUGGAAACUGAUGCUCCAAAUACUUAAAAUUGCGAUCAUAACAGCUCAGUUAGUCUCGUUUGGUUUGAGCAACGAAAUGAUGGUGACAUUCAAAGAUGAAAACCUGAUGGCGUUCAAACAUCUGUUUCUCAAAGGGUACACGAAUCAAAAGCUGGGACACUACGCCCUGUACACAAAGACAGAUUUGUAUGAUCACAUCUACUACAUUAUAGACAGGUAUAUGAAUCUCCAUAAGCUGACGGUGGGCAACCAUGCGUAUGAGCGGAUGAAUGGUCAGUACACUCCUCUGACGGUGUGUCAAGAGUUCUACAGAAACUGCAGCAUCUAUCCUGGAAACGACAGCUUUGACAUUGAUCCGCAUGUUGAUCAAGACUGUAUUUCUGUACAACCUAUGCAGACCCUGGACAACAGCAGUUCGUCAACACUUGUGAACAUCUCUCUGGAAUUCAACAGGCUGCUCUCUGUGACAACUUACCUCACCCUAAAGACUAUCAAUCUGCAGACUGUACGCCAUCACGAGCUACCGGACUGUUACGACUUCCAUAUAACGAUAAUGUUUGACAAUCGCGCACAGAGCGGUAUGAUAAAGAUUGAAGUUGAAAAUGAUGUGAGAAUUUAUGAAUGCAGUGACUGGAAUGUGGAAGGCACGUCUGGGAAGACCGAUUACCUGCUCUUGACGUUUGAUUCUCUGGUGAUUGUUGCCUGCUUCACCUCUCUCAUCCUCUGCACACGAUCUGUCGUCAGCGGAAUUCAACUCCAGUCGGAGUUCACUAUAUUCUUCCAUGAAUACUACAAUAACAUUGUGAGCUGGUCCGAUCGCAUGGAAUUCGUGAAUGGCUGGUAUAUCCUGAUCAUUGUGAGCGACAUGCUGACGAUCACUGGGUCGGCACUCAAAAUCGGAAUCCAGACAAAGUACCUGACAAACUAUGAUGUCUGUAGCAUUUUACUUGGAACGGCCACAAUGCUCGUCUGGAUUGGGGUGGUUCGUUACUUGGGUUUCUUCAAGAAAUAUAAUAUCCUGAUCUUAACCCUAAGGGCAUCAUUCCCAAAUGUAAUCCGAUUUUGCUGCUGUGCAGCCAUGAUCUACCUUGGAUAUUGCUUCUGUGGUUGGAUUGUACUUGGACCUUACCAUGAUAAAUUCCGAUCACUAGAUAAGGUGACAGAGUCCCUCUUCUCUCUGCUCAACGGGGAUGAUAUGUUUGCCACUUUCCUGAAUCUGAGAUACAAGAGCUACAUGGUGUGGUUUUUCAGCAGGCUGUACCUCUACUCCUUCAUCUCACUCUUCAUCUAUAUGGUGCUCAGCCUCUUCAUCGCUGUCAUCACAGACACCUAUGAGACCAUCAAGAGAAGCCAGCAAGAUAAGGCACCAGUGUCCCAACUCCAAAGCUUCAUAGCAGAGUGCACGGACCAGCCCGAGUCCGGACGCUACCAGAGUGAAGAAGAACCAGCUUCAUGCUGUUCAUCACCAUGUUCCUGUUUCAGAUGAAAUCAGAAGGCUCUGUCUAAAAUUUGUUCUUAUUAUUUGCAUGGAGCAUUCUCUUACAAGGAGUGGAAAGUGCAGCAAGAACAACAGCAAUCAGAGAUUUCUGACGUCCACCAAUCCGGAUCCGGAUCACCUCCAAAAUUCAGUGGAGUCUUCCUUGCCCUAAUAUCUAUUUGUGGUGCAAUUUGGUGAGAAUACAUGAAGUAGUUUUGACAUAACCCUUCAAAGCGUAUAUAAAGUGAAAUCUUGAUCUAGAAUCUGGAUCCAGAUCCGGAUCACCUCCAAAAUUUAAUGGAGUCUUCCAUGGCUUAAUACAUGCCCAAGGUGAAAAUUUGGAGAGAAUACGUACAGUCAUUUUGAGAUACUCCUGCUAACAGUAAUCCUUCAAAGCCUAUUUGAAGUGAAACUUGAUCCAGAACUGAGAUCCAGAUCCGGAUCACCUCCAAAAUUCAAUGGAGUCUUCCUUUGUCUAAUAUCUGUCUGUGGUGAAAAGUUUGUCAAAAUUUGUGUAGUAGUUUUAAUGUAAUCUUGCUAAAAGACAUAUGGACAGCCAGACAAAUAAGUAUAUAAGUAAACGCCAAUGAUUUUAUUACAUCCUUGGUGGAUGUAAUUAUGUGACUUAACAUGGCACUUAAAUAAGAUUUUUAUGUACAGUGCUAGUAUAAAACCUUUCUUUUGAUGAAUGGAAUGGCUCAAAAUGUUAUGGUGAAUGGAAUAAUUUCAACACUUGAAUAUGCACUACCAUCAGUUUUGAUUGCGUUAAAAAGUUUAUUUCCAUUAAGGUGAAUUGUAGUGAUUUGGUUUAACUCCUCUGUGAGUUGUAUAUCUAUCUAUCUAUCUUUCUAUCUAUCUAUCUUAGUACUGUCAAUUGAUUAAAAUUUUUAAUUGUGAUUAAUUACACGAUUGUCCAUAAUAAAUGAGUGAUUAAUU